AUGGUUGGCACAACGGGAAAUCAAGGCAGCUCAGUUGUCAAUACCUCGUUGAAGCUGUCGUACUGGCAUGUUCGAGCCUCGACCCGCGAUCCGUUCUCGGAGACGUCCAAAUCACUAACCGCGCAAGGCAAAGAGGUCAUCUACGCGGACCUAGCUGAAAUCGCCUCUCUGGUGAACGUCUUUGAGGGUGCCAACACCAUCAUUCUUGACCCUAACUGCAAAAAUACCGUCGACUCGGCGGCUGCGGAUCCCAGGGGAAGUAUACACGCUCCAUGCACUCAAACGCCAAGGCUGCCAAUCGUUAACCACAUCGAGGACGAACAGUCUGCCCUCGUCAAGAAGAGGCCCCUGAUUAUCCCCGACACCUAUCUAGAAAACAUCUUUUGCACCCCGCGCUUCGACCUGAAAAGCGACAAAGACAUCCUUGCCACACCCAUUAAGGUUGACUUCAGAAUGCCCUUUCGCAACCCGAGGAAGCCAAGGCUUUCUUUGUUCGUGCUUUGGUCACGGAGGGAGCCCCGUGGCAUGAAGUUGCUUGCUUACAACAGCCAUAGCUACCUCAGCUUUGCUGAGGCCGUGGAAAGGUGGUCCAAGGCCUGUGGGAAGGACACAGUCUAUGUACCCACUAUCAUCGAGGAACUUCAUGAGAAGAUAGGCCUGCCGUGGGAGUUCCUGGACGGGUUGGCCUAUGCUGGCUAUGAUGGUGUUAUCGAGCUACAUCGGCUGAAGACCAAGGUCCAUACCAUGUCAUUUGACGACUGGCUGAAGGAGAGAUUGGGACAAACACCUGUCACCACGAUGGAACUUGCAUUUCCUGGUCGCUCAGGUCACGAUUAA